CUGUUGUCUCCCUGGCUGGACUGUGUGAGCAUUUCCAUGACAUUGGAGUAACUUCGUGUUUACGCAUUGGAUUCUUUCGUCACUUUUAUUUUGGAAUAUUUCAUUUUUUUAAAUUAAAUUUCCAGUGCUCUCAUUUAACCCGGAGAAGACUGCUUUAUAGGACUGUUCGUGUUUAUUUUCUAUCAGAGUUAAGGGUCUUCAGUGUACAAAGUAGGCCCAAUAUUUGGCCUAUAUUAUUAUACUCAGGUAUUAUGUUUGGGAUCAUAAACGGAGAGUGUGAGUCAGGUAGGCCAGCAAUAAUCGUUUUGACCAUAAUAAAAUAUUUCUUUAAAAAGUCUAAGCAGAACAUACCCACGCAAUACGAUGGCGCUAACAAUGUGUACAUUCAACUUAUAUUUAUAAAUAAUCUGAACUCUCAUCUCAAGCGGCUCCAAUGAGAGUUUGACCCUCGUGUUGUUUUAAAGUUAACGUAUAACCAGUAGUAUCCACUGACGGUAAAUUUGAUAUAGGAAAAAAAAAAGGCUUAAUAAUUUCACUGAGACAUAUUCAUUUCAUCUAUAUCAUGUUUAUAAUUUAAAAGCCUGAAAAUAGAGCCGCUUGGCGGAACAUUUAAAUACGAUUUUUUCGCCCAUUGUCUUUGUAAAGCGCUUGCUGUUUUUACUGUUGAAUUCCCAAUCUAAACACGAUUGUUGUGCCCCUAUGAAUUCCCAAUCUAAACACGAUUGUUGUGCCCCUCUGAAUUCCCUAUCUAAACACGAUUGUUGUGCCCCUAUGAAUUCCCAAUCUAAACACGAUUGUUGUGCCCCUCUGAAUUCCCUAUCUAAACACGAUUGUUGUGCCCCUCUGAAUUCCCUAUCUAAACACGAUUGUUGUGCCCCUCUGAAUUCCCUAUCUAAACACGAUUGUUGUGCCCCUCUGAAAUUGCCGCGUGCCACCCCCCCCCCUUUUUCACCCACCUUAUUAAAUCAUGGCCGUGAUCCCCAGAGACAGUUACGCCCAGGGGCGUCUACGCAGAGUGGGGGGGGGGGAAGCAGGGGGUUCCAAUCUGAGUAGGGGGUUUGUUGUGCCCCUCUGAAAUUGCCGCGGGCCCCCCCCCCCCCUUUUUCACCCACCUUAUUAAAUCAUGGCCGUGAUCCCCAGAGACAGUUACGCCCAGGGGCGUCUACGCAGAGUGGGGGGGGGGGAAGCAGGUGCUUCCAAUCUGAGUAGGGUGAGAGGUUUAAAUCUCGACCUAUCUAUCAAUGUUCAACAUUAAAACGAACAUUUAACGUGUAGGCCCACUCAAAUAAAUUAUUCGAAUAAUCACUUGAUAUAAUAAUUUAAUUUUCUGAAAAAUGUGAAAUAGUUUGUUAUCGAUACUAUUAUUGAAAAUGAACAGCGUUCUAACAUUUUUGUUUAAACCAUACAUUUGUAUAGACCUACCACUAUUAUUCAAAGUGAACUCCCGAAUUAAACACGAAUGCGGUGACUGUCAUGACCCACCUUACAAAAUUUACCAAGUCCAAGGUCUUGAGUGGGGGGGGGGGAAGAGACUUCCACCCCUCAGAAAGGGGGGAGGUAGACGCCUCUGGUUGCGCCCACUGCUCGUGCAGACUUUGAUCCUGUCACUUGUAAAUAUACUAGUUUCUGUUUUUUAAUUUUAAUAAUCUCCCGAAUUAACCACGAAUGCGGUGACUGUCAUGACCCACCUUACAAAAUUUACCAAGUCCAAGGUCUUGAGUGGGGGGGGGGGGAAGAGACUUCCACCACUCAGAAAGGGGGGGGGUAGACGCCUCUGGUUGCGCCCACUGCUCGUGCAGACUUUGAUCCUGUCACUUGUAAAUAUACUAGUUUCUGUUUUUUAAUUUUAAUAAUCAGCUCACAGAGAACAGUGGGCUACCCUCUUCUCUUUAAGACUUUAAGAUGUGGACCAAACAUAGGAUGACGCCACUUGUAUAGAUUCUCUCCCUGUUCGUUAGAGGUCUGUUGUUGCUUAGCGAAACAGAGCUAACUGCAUUUUCUCUGCGUUUGUUUUCCAACGCCCAAGCAGCCUCUUACAAUUUGGCGACUCCAACAUUUUUUUAUAAUAAUGAGCCCUACUUUAAAAACAAUAUUAGAGCUGUUGAAAUAUGGUCCCUGACUCAGUGAUCGAGUGGCAGUUAGAAAUGGGUUAUUUAAAAUGUGAUCUCGUUUUAACUAUUGAUAUCUCUCGGUGGUGGUGUUUGCUUUUACUCUUGUUGUUUACUGCUCAUGUUUUUGUUUACUGCUCAUGGUGGUUUUUUUUUUACUGUUCCUUGUGUUGUUUAUUGCUCCUGGUGUUGUUUAUUUUGCUCUACAUGUUUUUAUUGCUUUUGGGGUUGAUUGUUGCGCCUGGUGUUUUUAUUGCUCCAUGCGUUGUCUACUGCUCCUGGUGUUGUUGACUGUUCCAUUCGUUGUUUACUGCUCCUGAUGUUGUUUAGUGCUCCAUUUGUUGUUUAUUACUUCUUGUGUUGUUUAUUUCUCCUGGUAUUAUUUAUUGCUCCUGGUGUUGUUUAUUACUCCUUGUGUUGUUUAUUACUCCUGGUGUUGUUUAUUGCUCCUGGUGUUGCUUACUGUUCCUGGCGUUGUUUAUUACUCCUUGUAUUAUUUAUUGCUCCUUGUGUUGUUUAUUGCUCCUUAUGUUGUUUAUUGCUCCUGUGUGUUUUGUUGCUCACGAUGUUUUUUUUUAUUGCUCUUGUUGCUGUGCUUUAUUCCUCCACUAAAAACAAAAUAGCCUCAGACCAUUCUGGGGGUGUAAAUGUUGUUAUUCCGCCCCAGAUUGUUGCCGUGUGGUGGUAAUUUAUUAAGCAGUUAGUGUUGCCCCUAUGCGUCAAGUGUUGGGACGGCUGCUGUGCUGAGAACAAUCAACAGUUGGCCUUAGGUCGGGGCAAGUUAGUGGGUAUAGGGACAUUGUCCGAUAUGUCUCAUUGAUGUAACUGACAAUGGUCUGAGAGGAGAGGUCACCACAGCCGACUUUUGACAACCGUUGACCUCUCACCUGGGGUCAAUUUUUUAAAAAAAUUAUUAGAAAUGCGCUGACUAAGCUACCGAACCUUAGUACCCGGGUGCGAAUGGCGGCGCUGCGUGUCUGGGUCCAUUUCGACUCAGUGCUAUUCGGAUGUCAUUUGUGGUAGUUUAUUUUAGUUAAACUGAAGAAUUAAGUUUACAAACUUAUAGUCCAUUCAAUUAUCUUUCAGUUGAUACCUCAUUUUGUCUUACAAACCCAACAAUUAUAUUUUAAAUAGUUUUUAAAUCCCAACCUCUCACUUCUGGUACCCGGGUACGAGUAGCCACUUCGAAAAGUAAAUGCUCGUUUGGGGGGUGGGUGGGGGGGGGGGGGGGCGAGGGUGAUAUGCUUGGGGAUGGGGGCGAAAUUGCCAAGUAAGCCUAUAUUUUUAUAAAGUUCACCAUAUUUCUGUAACUUUAUAUUCAUAGGGCCUAUCUAUAAAAUACUACCUUGUGUCAAAAAUAAAAAGUAAUACAUUUUUUAAACAUUAACCAUGAUAAGGGGAGGGUUAAUUUUAUAGGAUGAACUCUAGGCCGAAGUCGGCGGAGAUGAUUAUAAAAAAAAAAGACCCCAAUUUUUUAAAUAUUAUAAUUUGUAAGCCUAUCACUAGUAUCACUAGAUCCUGGGAAACUGAUAAUCUCCUAAAUCUUUAUUUUAGUUGAUAAACUUGCUGUAGCAGACAAAAAGACACAAUGUGUGAUAUACAUAUAUAAAAGAAUUUAAUCAAGAAUGAAAUGUGUCGGAGUAUUCCCACUUUAUGAUGAAAAAAAGUAAUUGAUUUCAAGAUCGGUGACAUCGUUGCUGCUACAUUGGCUACAUCAGUUUAGCAAAGAGCAAGACUGCGAAGUCAAGCGAGCGAUGAAAUUUGAAAUACAGUUUCUAUAUUCGGGUUAUCUCACCACAGUCGCGGAUUGUCGGCGAUGCUUGACGAAAAUGAGAAAGAUGACGCCAUCGAGAGUGGCAUUGUAAUUUUGACAGGUAAGCUAGGAAUUAUUCAAAUAAGUGAAAUCUCUUAUUGUAAAAAAAUAAUUCCGCACGUUUUUAAUUUUUUUUUCUAAAUUUAUCAUUUGCGCCUUUAAAAUUAAUUAUAAAACCUUUAUUUUUUAUGAAUUAAAACAUUAAAUUAUAGUACGCAAUUGGAUGCAUAGUUCUAGAACUAAUUACUAAUUGAUUGUAAUAAUUAGCCAACUAUUAUGAAUAGCCCAAUUUUUCAUGACUACCAGCCUACAACAUGAAAUGUGUCCCGACAAACAAACAAAAAAAAUGAUGGAAAGAGAUUUGUGUCAUUAUCUUAGAGCUAUGUGUGCGAUUUAAAAAAAAAAAAAAAAUUGGCUACAUUUAUGUUGAACAAUUUAAUUACAUGUGCUCGGGGGCGUUUCUAAGUAGGGCAGAGGGGAGACAUAAUAUCGUCCCGGGUGCCAGAUUAGUGUGUGAAGGGGCUAAGAUGGGCUCUAUGACAUUUUAUUUAUGACAAUACUGUUAGUCACCUAUAACAAUGAGGACCUCCCCCACCCUCCCAAAAAAAAAAAAUGAAAAAAGGGGGUGGGGGUAAAAAUAAGUUAAUUUGACCGGAAAUCGGCUAAAUUUUAGAAACUUUGAGGGCGAGACCCGACGAUUCGAAGGUGCGAACUGUACUGUGUCUAUAAAUGUAUUCUAAAAUUUAAAGUAAUAAUAAUAAUAAUAUAUUUUAAAGAUUUUUCUGAUUAGGCCUAUGCAUGUGGAAAAUCAUUGAUAAUGUAGACAUUAUUCAAUCUUAUAUUAUUAUUUUUAUGACUCUUUUUAAUUUUAAAGACAAGUUUUGGAAACAUAAAUAUAAAUAAUCAUUAUUAUUUAAUUUAUUAGGUCCUACUAAGUCUACUAUUUUUGUUUUUUACUGAUACUGAUAAUUUAAUUAAUACCGGUAAUGGUCAAUGAUAGAUAAUAAGAAUUUUAAUUUGAGUCAGACAAAUAUAUUAGUAGACCUACUGGACAUAGCCUACUAUAGCCUAUAGGCUUACAUUUAGUUCAUUUAGGCCUACAUACCGUAAUUAUUAAAUAAUUACGUUUAAAUUUUAAUUAGAUUUCUUAUCAUAAAAUCAUACCAUGAAAACAUUAUUUAAUUAUUUAUUUUAUUUCAUUGGGGGGGGGGUUGUUGUAAGUAAGUGAAGUCUUGGUAGUUAAUAUUCAACUAGAUUAAGAAAAAAAAUAUUUUGUGGACAGCUUUUUAAAUAACCUAAACAAAUAAAUUGUGACUAAAAAAUUUUUUUUCUUAUCAUAAAAUCAUACCAUGAAAACAUUAUUUAAUUAUUUAUUUUAUUUCAUUGGGGGGGGGGGGUUGUUGUAAGUAAGUGAAGUCUUGGUAGUUAAUAUUCAACUAGAUUAAGAAAAAAAAUAUUUUGUGGACAGCUUUUUAAAUAACCUAAACAAAUAAAUUGUGACUAAAAAAUUUUUUUUGUGUGUAAAAUGCAAUUUCUCACUUCUAAUUUUCUAAUUGAAGGGCAGACUCCUUUAUAUUAUAUUUCUAAAUAUAUAUUAUGUAAUAUUUUUUUAAAUCUUGGUCUAGAAAAAUUUUAUAAUUUAAAAAUUAUAAUAAAAUAUUUUAGGUCCAUUUAAAUUUUAAUUAAAAUUAUAUGGUACCCUUGCUAAUCAGUGUUCAUCUAAAUCUAAUAAGUUAGUCUAAUUACCUAAAUAUUUUAUUUUAAAAAACUUUAAAAGUAAAUUAUACAAAAUAGUCAUGUGACCAAUACUGUGGAUGCUUGUAUGCUUAUAAUUUAAUAAUUCAAUAAUUUAAAUUAUGCUUUAGCCAGCCCCUAUCUUAUUUAACUAAAAGUACCAUUAAAAAUAAAUGUUGUUACAUAAUGAGAUUCACUGAUAAUCAUAGCAACACAUAAUAGUAUAGCCUUUGAGUCAAAGUUUGAAAAGAUUUUGUAAAAAUUAAAUAUGAUAUGAAUUGUGAAAUGAAGGAUAUCUUCACUCCUGAUCCCACAAAUGACAAAAAGUUUAAAAAUUCACAUUUAAAAAAUAUAUGUUAUAAUAAUAUACCUGGUACUAAAUAUUUCUAUGAUUUUAAUUUGAGUGCAGUUGUCUAUCUAUGCAGCUGUCCUUUUGUGAAGUCAUCCACUGUUUCCCAUAGUUGUAUGCAGACUGGUCCAAAAGCCUUACCCGCAGGUCCACUCAACAUGAGAUAAUAAACUGGAUAAAAUAGCCAUAACAAAAAAAAUAAUUAUAGCAUUAAAUUAUGAUUAAAUUGUAAACGUUUAUAGUGUCUUCUGGCAUUGGCUGAUCACAGUUAAAAAAAUAAUUUUUAAGACAUGAGGUCAUUUAGUGUCAAAUAAAAAGAUAAAAAUCUGGCACUGGUCCCAGGUGGAGUGGUAAGCUUAUCCUCUGGUCGCCAAACUUUCAUUUAAAGUUUGGGAACCUCUGAAGUAAUCAAUUAUGUGGGCAGGUGUUAAGUGAGCAAUGUGGAAAGAAGUUUUAAAGUAUCUCUUUCUGAUACAAUAAAUAAGAUAAACGACUAACUUUUGUAAUUUUCAUCAGGUAGUCAUGAUGUCAACGGAAACAUUUUAUUAACUAUCCCUACAACAAAGUUAUUAGAUAUAACACAAUGGGGUGCAGUGAAAUUGUCUGGUUUGAUCUUGCACCUGGCAAAGAUUUCCAAAUGUUUGAUGUCUUCAAAGGACAACCCUUUUGCAGCAUAUCAUACCUUGCCACUGGCAUGCUUGGCGGAUCUGCGUCAGGCAUCAACAGCUAUCAUCACAAAACUUGUAGAAAUUUUAGAAGGUGUCGAGGUAAAAAUAAUAAAAUGUAUCUUUAUUUUAAUGCAGUUAAUUAAAAAGAUGUACAGAAUGAUUAUAUUGACUGGUAUAUUUUAUAAACCAGUUGAAAAAAGUAUUUAUUUUUAAACACACCGCUAUUUCAAGUUGUCUUAAUAAUGUUACAUUGAUAUAAAUUUUCUUUAAUUUUAUUUUCUCUUUAGGAAGUAAUUUUUUAAUAUUUUACUGGUUCCACGCAGUUGUUUUUCACUGAAUAAUACAAUUUUAAAAUGUUUAUCUUUUACUUUUAAAAAUUGUAAUCGUGAGCUUUGUUGAGCAUAGAUGAGUUCACAAUAAUAUCACCUAAUUUAUGUAUUUUAGUUAUAGAUUAAGUACUGUAAAGGCCUACCUUUUUUCAUACCAAUCUUCUAAACAGCACCAAAGCCGUGGUACUUUCAGCACAGUUUACUUCUUAAGCCCCAAGAAGAAGAGCAAGUCUCAUAUGCUAAAAAAAUUACUUGGUGUAAAACCAAGCAAAACAAAACCCAAGAUACCAUUAUUUAAGGUAUUUUUUGUUCAUUAUUCGGCGAUUUAUGAAAUGAUAAUUAGGAAGGGUGAUUUUCUGAGCAAAAUCUAUUAAAAGUAAUGAUUUUAUGAAAAGAUAUAGAAGAGAAUUCUAAUAAAAAUCUAUAAAAUCGAUUUAGAUUUAAAUGUUUACAAAUUUGUAAUAUAAAAUUAAAAUGUUGAUAUGAAAAUUUGAAAAAAAUCCACUUCUUUCUCUUUAAGGUUGUGCUGUUUAAAACCCUACAAGAACUGCACACACAGAUUGAUGUAUCUCAGCUCACACUCGACUUUUAUGGCACCCUGCAGUACAAUCAUCUUGCGUGGAUGCAUUUUUACAAUGUAAUUAACCAUAGCCGUCUUUUGUAGACAUAUUUACUACAACAACUAUCCAUAAGUUGAGGUAUUUUAGAAAGAAUGUUAAAAAAAUACUUUUUUUUUUUUUUUUUUUUUUUUAAAAAUAAUUUAUUUUAUAUCUUAUUGAUAAAGCUUUAUUUUAAAAAAAAAUUUAAAAAAAUUUUUUUUUUUUUUUUUUUUUUUUAAAAACAAUUUACUUCAUAUCUUAUUGAUAAAGCUGUAUGCUAUGAGAUAUUCUGAAUAUUUAAGGAACAUUUUUAAGCCAGUAGGGCAAUAGAUCCUGUAUAGUAGUUUCAUUUAAAUAGAACAACUGAUCUGUGUAUUUAUAUGUGAAUUUAGUUUCCUAUCAGUUGAUUUCAUUAUUUUUCAAUCAUUGCAGCUCAUUAAAAAAUUAAUAUUUUAAAAUAAAUACUUACUAAAUGUUAUUAAAUUUAUAAUUUAUCCUGGUAUAUUUUAGUAACAUGCACUUUACAAUGUUUCUCGAUAACACUGAAAUGAAAAAAAAUCAUCAAAUUUCAAUCCUGCAUUGCCAGGUUGUCAUAAAGUGCAUUGAAAGCUGCCAACAUCUUCUCACCAAACUUCCUAGUGUAAAAGACAGAGUGGAGCUUUUACAAGAGUAUGAGACGGAUGGUCAAACAUCAAACCAGCUGCAGCAUCUCCUUGCAGACCUCAUGGAAAAGUUCCAUAUUAUUAUCUCGUAAGGAGAUAUUCACAUCCAAAUACUUACUUUAUGACCCACAAGACACAUGACUGAUUCCUUGAUUAGAGUUGCAGUUUCUCCAUUUUGGAGACGUGCUGUGUUUGCAUAGUCUGCAAAUUCUAAUUCUUGUCUGAUAAAUGAAAAUCAGAGAUGAUUUUAAAAAGUUAAAAUUGAACAACAUCGGCAUUUAUUGUUGGGCUUAUAAUAUUUUAAAAAACAAAUUCCUGUUUAUGAUUUUUUUUUUAGUAGCUGUAAAUAUUUUAUGGUUAAUUGUAACUUGUUUUACAUCACCAAGUUGGCCCAGAGAAUCCAACUUCAGCAUGGUAUUUUUUGCUAGCAAAAGCUUAUCUGUAAAUCCCACUAGCAGAAGGAAGACUGCGUCCAUUUCCAAUGUUGUUAUGAUUAUGUCUACUCCCCCCCCCCAUCCCCCUUCCCUUAUUUAGUAAUUUCCUAUCUUAAAAGUAGGCCUCCAUUUCUGAGAGAUUCCACUUCACACUUUAUUCCAGAGGUCUGCAACCUUUUUUUUGGUUUUUUUUGCUAGCAAAAGCUUUUCUUUAAAUCCCCCUAGCAGAAGGAAGACUGCGUCCUUUUCCAAUUUUUUUUUGGUUUUGUCUACUCCCCCCCCCCCCAUCCCCCUUCCCUUAUUUAGUAAUUUCCUAUCUUAAAAGUAGGCCUCCAUUUCUGAGAGAUUCCACUUCACACUUUAUUCCAGAGGUCUGCAACCUUUUUUUUUUCACCAGUUGCCGGUUUGGUGGAAGACAAUUUCCACAGAUCAGGCGUUUUGAUUUUAGGGCAAAAAACACUUGCUUCAUGCCAUCUUACUGCCCAGUUCUUAAUAGGAUGAAGACUGGUGGUUGGGGACCCAUGGUUUAUCUGACUCCAUUAGAUAAAUAUCUUAUAUUUUUAACUGUUCCCCAGUGAGUCUUCCCUACCUUUGUGCCUGGUGCAAAGCAAGCAAACACUUUUUCUGCUGGACCACCCAUCCUCAGACAGCCACAUUUCUGCUGUGCACCCAGAACUGGUUGAGGGUUUUAGGAAGCACCUGAGAGGCCUCUACUCUGAACUGAAUAACUGGAACACUGACCUUGAAGAUACAUGGAGAAUGACAGAGCACAGAUUGACAGUACUCAUACAGCUACACAGACAUAGAGAGAGAGUGAAAGAAGUAGGUGAAUACUUACACUUUAGACUUAUAUUGACAAAAUACUAACAUAUAGAACAGAUUUCUGCUGUAAAUAAUGAGCUAACCUAAAUUUUUUACAAAUACAAUCAUUUUUAUUAGAAGAUUUUGUUUAGAUUGUCUUUAUAACUUUUUUUUCUUAAAACUGUUUUUGAUUUUUUACUAAUUUUUUUUAUUCGAACAAGUGUAAUUAAAAAUGAAGUAUGCUAUCUUAUCUCUUUAGAUCAUAUAAUUUGAAUAAGAUGUACUGGUCAUUCUUUCUUGUGAAUAGAUUGAGCGAAAGAUAUGCCAACACUAUCUUCCACUGCUUCAGGAGCAUCCCAUAGUUGGGAAGACAUUGAGUCAGGCAGAGUUAUACAGAGCACAUUUCACUACCACUUUAUAUGAACCUGCAAAGGUUUGUAUGUUGUACACAUGUAACUUGUGCUAUGUGUCAGAGUUUUUUUAUCAUUAUCAUAGUUCUCCAAUCCAUCCAUUCCUGUGGCGCUACAGCCCAUGUAGGGCUUCCUCACCCUUUCCUUCCAGGCAGACCUAAGUAAUGCUUUUCUUUUCCAUGCUGCUGUAGAUCAUUUUCUACAUCAUAAAACCAUAUAAGCCUAGGUCUGCCUUUGAGCUGUCUUCCUCUGCGGUUUGGGUGGUGCACCCUCUUCACUCCUCCGUCAUUUUAUGUGUUCCACCCAGUGUAGCCUGCCACUUUUUAUUUCUACUACCCAUGUGGAUCCUGAUAAAGACUAUACAAUUUCUGGUUGGUUCAUAUUCUCCAUCCAUAUUCAUCCUUUGUUGGUCCAUAUCUCCAAGCCAUCCACAAUUGUCCCGCUUUUUAAAAUACUAAUUUAUUGAAAUUUUCUUAAAAACUGUAUUUUCACUUUGUUAAAAAAUGUUUGUCACCUCUUUUAGUUAUUUAUAGCUUUAAAUUCAUGAUUGAUUAUAAUGUACUAAUACUUCAUUGAUAAAGACAAAAAACACUAUCUACUUCUAUUAUUACUGAUGAGAUAAAUCUAAAAUUCAGGAACUGCUGAGCCAGGCCACAGAGAUUCUCGAGGCUGUGCAAAAGUUAAAGAAUGGAGUAGCCCUAGUAGGGACAAGUGUGGCAUCUGCCGGUCAGUACACCACAUUUGUUAAUGGCCUGGACAUCACCGACAUCACCAACUGCUUGACCACAAGCAUCCAGCCAUUUACACAGCAACUCCAGCACCUGCAGCAGCUUUAUGUGACACUACAUAUUUUUCAUCUGCUUUUUGAAAAGGUAUAGAUCUAUAUCACACAGGUUUUUUUAUUUUUUAUUUUUUUAGAUUUUGGUACUGUAUUUUAGCUGUUUCAAUCUUUUUAAAAAUUUUAUCACACAACGUACUAAGCCUGAAAUUAUUGAACACACUGUAUGAGUAUCUAAAAAAAAUGUUGCCUGUCUAUGCUGAGCAAUAUCUAUUUAAAUGAUAGUAUUUUUAUUAUUCUUAUUAGAUAAGGUGAAUUACAUUAUUCAGAGCCCCCCAACCCCAACCUUACUUUGAAUAACCCUAUACCGGAUACUUCAUGUUAGCUAAGGGUAAUUUAACUACACUUUGUGCAGGUUUUGAUUCCACUGUUUGUCAUAUUUUUUGUCAUAUAUGAUAAUGAUAUACUUUUUUAAGUUAAAAGUCUUAAAAAUCAGAAAUUUAUACUUUUAAACAAAACCUUACGACAUGGCAGUGAACAUUUUUUAGGCACAUCAGUGAGUUCAGAUGCACCUGUUGUUGGUUUUGCCCACAGUCCAAAGACCCACCAAUCAGUUUUAUUAGCCCAUGUCCCUCUCUAAACAUUUUGUCAACUCUUAAGGUACAAAUAAAAUAUAUAAAGAUACAAACAAAGUUGUGAAGAUCAAUGUUAGGUUGUCACAUACAAUUGUUUUCAACCGAAGAGUGAUUUGAACCCCAGCUUUCCAAAUGUUUAUCACAGUUGUAUUGCUUUAAUGCUAUUAAAUUUUGGGGAAACUUUUACACAACUAGCUUAAUACCUUUUUGUUCCAACCCAAAAGGCCUUGGCCUGGUACAAGAAGGUCCUCAAGUUCCUACCUGAGUCCCUGCUUGACAGGUGCACCACUGAUCCUGAACUUUCAAGAUUUGACCUCUCAUCUUAUAACCUUUCACCUGAGGCUAGAGAGGUCAUAGUAUACAUGCCUGCUGGUGGGUACAGGAAUUUUUACUAACACAUUCCAUUAUGGAUCUACUGUAUUUUCUUACCGCUUUAAUAUGUUAAAACUUAAUUUUGUUACAAUUUUGUUGCUAUAACUUUAGUUUGUUACAAUUUUGUUGUUACAACUUUAUUUUAUUAAAAUUUUGUUGUUACAACUUUAUUUUGUUAUUACAACUUUAUUUUGUUAUUACAAUUUUAUUUUUUAGCAACAAAUGUUUUAAAAAUUAAAAAAAAAAAUGUAUUUCAUUACUAUUCUCUGGUAAUAAAUAAUGGAAAAUUUUGUUCUAUUGCCAAGAACAUAAGAAUGUCACCAAAAUAUACUAGUGGAUUGUAAAUACAAUUAAAUUUAUUUUAAGGCACAUUUCAGCCCUGUAGCAGAAAAUUCUCAGUUAUGAUGUAUGAUAACUACGAAAAGGUUUAUCUCAAGAAUUUUAUGAAUUGGGAUACUAAAAAAAUAACUUAAACAAUUUCAAAAGUAUAGACUUAACUAAUAAUUCUUAUAAAAUUGUCAUCGACUCUUUCAAAAGACUUAUCCAAAGAAUUCUAUAAACUUGAUUAUUAAAGAAUGGCUUGGUGCCGUCAGAGUGUUUCUGUCUCGCCACCCACCACCCAGACAGGAGCACAUAGAGAGGCUGGAUGAGAGCAUACCCCAACUGGUUGACAGAAAGCUCAGAGCUCAGUCCAGGUCAUUGGCAUUAAGGUAUACAAUUGCUAUAUACGCUGUUGCAAACAUUUAUUUUAACAUUUGUUGAAAUAUUUAUUGCAUUUAUUCAUAAACCAGGAAUUCUCAAAUGGUUGCUUUAUUUCAAGAUAUAGUUGGAAAUUCAUGCUCUUGGGCUAAUGGGACUUUCAAAACUGAAGGAAAUUUAAAAAUUGAAUUUUUAAGUCUUAAAAAUCUUUGGGAAGAAAAAUUCUUUACAGUCUGUGUGACUUUUAACUUUCAGAUUACGUCUUAUCCAACGAGUUUUAUCCAAUUCACGCCUUCCUAUUCGUCUAGUCAAGGCCGUUAUGGGAUGGAGGGCUGAGCUCCUUGGGGUGGGUCAUGUUGAAAAAUCCCCAACAGCUCACCACCCAACAAAUCUCACCAAGGAGAAGAGUCAAACGAUGCAGAAUCACAGAGGUGGAAAACUCCUUGAUGACCACAGCGUAAUGCCCAAAGAUCCUGAUCUAAAAAAAACAAAAAGUGCCAUCAACGCUGCAAGCUUGAACAGGACACUUGAGAAAGGGAUCAGAGCUAAAAAGCCCUCACCUCUUGACCAGGAAGCUCAAGCCAAACAUUUGACUUUGCCAAUAAGGAAAGCUAAGCCUUCUGUGCCUGGUUCUGAAGCCGUGAAAAUUUCAGACAAAUCACCACAGAGGAAAACACAAGCAAGGAACCUGUUGAGGGCCAAGAGUGUUGAGUUUAAUUUCAACAGCUCCAGCACCGAUGGAAGUGUUUUUGACUAUGAAAAAGCAGUUGCAAGUGCACAGCAAGAGGCCCUUGGGAAUUCAGGUACUGGCACAGACAUGAUAAGAGCCAGGGCGUUGCCUAGGAAAAUACACAGCCCAACAAAGGAAUCUGAUGCCACACCUCGAAGAGCAGACUUUGGCUAUGAAGACCUUGCAUUUUCUGAUCCAUCUGAAAUGUUACAACGCAGGCAGAAACCUGGCUUUGAUGAGGAGGCUUCAGAUUCCCUUCAGUUCUUCCAAAGAGAAUAUAAAACAGAUGUUAGCAAUGAGGAUUCUUAUGGAUUACAGGGAAGUUCAGCCUUGAAUGUGAAAGAGGCCCUACCUGAACCAGAGCCACCAUCUUCGUCAAGAUUCUCCAGCCAGUCUCUGAAUGCUAAUCUUAAGAAACCCAAUGCUAGACAAGGCAUGUCAGUUUCCGACUCCCCCUCAAAUCUUGAAGAGAGGUUCAUUCGGCUAACCUUCACCCCAAAAGAAAUUCCUACAAAUGCAGCGCAGAUGUUCAUAUUCGGAAGCAACGAAAGCUUUGAGGAAACAGGAGCCGGGAAUAUGUUUGAAGAGGAGGAAGAGUCAGGGAUCGAUACGACAGAUUGUGCUGAUCCAUAUGACAGUCUGGUCAAGAUGAUUAGGGAGAUAUCAGCCAGCAAUUUGGACAACACUGAAAAACUGAAAAGGGUUUCGGAACUAAUCUCAGAAGGGAGCAUGAGAUCAGAACCCGACUACAGUGCAGCGGAGCUCAUGCCCAAUCUAGGGAAAUUCUCAAAAUCCACAAUGGAUCUCAGACCUUAUGAGUUUCAGGCGAGUAAGAGAGCAGGUGACAGCUACCACACUGAAGCUUUGACCAAAGAGCGACCUGUGGAUUCUGUGCUGAGAAUGAAAAAGAGCCUAGCCAAGUCUAUGGAAGAGUUGAACGCCAUGUACCCACAACCAACGACCCAUCAGUUUUAUCAGCCAGAUUCCCUGGAUGUUACCAGAGCCAGCACAGAUCUCAAGGAAAGGUACAUUUCAGAGUUGAACGUUCAGCCUGUCUUCCGGAUGCCAUGGGAGGCGCCAAAGAAAGGGACACAAGUCAAAAGGGAUGGGACGUUUCGUAAUGCAUCAGACACUGAUGCUUCUAAACCUGUUGUGGUAAUUGAGGAAGAAAGCAAGAGAAAUCAAAAUUGGUCAGAUUCUGAAUCCAUUAGCCCAGGGUCUAGUUACACAUCCAGCAGGCAAGAAAAAGACCCUGGGACUAGCUAUGCAUCCAGCAGGCAAGAAAAGGAGCAUCCAGCAUUAUCCAAAUCUAAACCAAGCUCAGACUCAGAAAUCAUUUCAAUGGGCCAUCGUUUUUCUCAUCAUGAUCGAUUGAAUGAUUCGGAAAUUCCCCUGUCGGCACCACCCAGACCAGCGAGCUUGAGUUUCUUCCCUAGUCGAAAUUUCAUUUCUCCUUCAUUUCUUCACCCUUCGACCUCACUGAAAGAUUUGACUGUGAGACCAUCCCUUCAUUUCAUUGACGACAUGGAAACAGAUUAUAAAGCCUUAGAUGAAAUGGAAGUGAUGAGGGUACUACACGAAGAUCCACUUUCAAAUCAUUUCUCUAAGCCAAGCUCAAAUCUCGAUGGGAAAUUUCAGAAAAAAACAUCAAUCGAUAAAUUUUUAGAUGAAAUGAAACGAGACCCAAUGAAUGUGAACAGUGCAGUUCACACAAAGGACAACCUGUCGAGGCCAUUCCUUUCCAAAAGCUCAACUCAGGACAGGCAGUCUGUUCCAGAUAUCCAAGUCGAUUACAUCUCCUUCCUUGACCCCAUGGACAGCCCAGAUGAUGACAAUGCUGAUGAUGACCUGCGAUAUUUGCAAGCCUCCAACUUUGACAGGUAUGUGCAGAGAGUACAUUCUUUCAUUUAUUUGCUUGGUGGGUUUAUAAAAGAUUUGGAGGGAACAGGGAACAUUCUAAACUGAUAUCUUUGGUUUUCUUUUAGCACUUUGUACUGAAAUUUAUACAAAGUGAAUAAUCCUUGGUCAACCAAACUAGAAACUAUUUCUUAGACUAAGUGCUAUGAUGGUUUUCUUGUUAGGUUCCUUUUUUUAAUUGAAAGUCUUGGUAAUAUACUAAAAAUGAAAGCUUGGAUGUGAGGAAAUGAACUGAAAGUGUAUUAAAAAAUAAUACUUAAUCCCUUAGGAAUCCCUAGUUUAAAUUAAAAUCAUCCUCUUAAAUUAGCUUUCAGUGAUUUAAUCCUUGCUUAGACCAUUAAGUUUACAGUAAUCUUAAUCUGUAUGAACCAAAAGUAAUAAUCAUCUGUUACAAUCAUUACAUACAUACAAACAUAUUCGAAAAGUAAAUAAAUUAUAGGCUACACUUUUAAAUAAAAAAAACAAGAAUCGAACCGAAACCUAUUAUUUAUUAUAAAUUGACUGGAAGCUGAAGUGGUCGGACAAAAAUAAAGCUCCACUCGGUUUCUCUUUUAAAAAUGCAUGCAUGUAUCAUGCUGCUAAAACAAAACAAAAAAAAAACACAAAAAAAAUAAAAAAUUGAAGUAAUCAUUGUAACAGAUGCACAGUAAUAAAAGUGUUUAUUUAAAAAACGAGUGUGAAGUCAGAAGAUCAAGCAUGAAAAGGAAAAGAUGUACACCAAAUCUUGAGAAUCCAAGUGUUGCAUUUCAAAUCUAGUAUUGUAACGCUAAGAGGUUAGCUGACAAAGUUAAACUGAAUUCGAUUAAAUUAAACAGCUCUCUGGUUAAUGGUAUUAAUAAUAACAUUCCCCAGACUUACCACCGAGGCAGAGCAAGAGUAUCUGAGCCAGGAGGAGGUUGCCGAAAGCCUGAGGAAAACUCAAAGGAUUUUGGAGGUAUGAUCUCCGGAUUUGAAGAACUUUGCGAAUACUUGAGAAAAUCAAUGCAUCACCAGAGCUGAAUAAGUUAGAUGCCUUUAAAAAUUAAGAUAUACUGCACCCCCAUAUAAUCAUCAGCAUAAAUUUGUUGUACCAACUGUAUAUGACACAUAUUUAUAUUACUAUUGCUAAAUAAUAUUUCUUACCAUCAACACUCUUUAACCUUUUGUGAACAUGUUACUAAAAUUGGAUGGAUGUGAAAAUAUUGUUACAAGAAUUGGUCUUCAAUUAUUAUUAACGCAGUGAAAUCUACUCUUUAAGGAUGAGGAAUAUAAAAGACGACAGUUGGAGAAUCAAAUAUCCGAUGUUAGUUUACCAGGAGAAGAGGGUGAAGAAGGGAAUCAAGAUGCUGCAAGGGGAAUGAGCAACUCUACAUCUGUAGACAUUGGUUACGGCUCCUGGACAAGCAAGCUAGUGUCUGCACUCAGCACAAGCUCCGAGGGCCCUGACCUUGACCCAGACUUCUUUGGUGACAGAGGUAGAAUUCUUGCCCAAUAAUCUUGUUGAAUUCUGCUUUAUUUAUGUUGGACAAGAUACAGUUGCAGGAUUUAAAUUUUUCAUACUUCUUUGUUGAUUUAUUUAAUUCUUAAAUACGCUUUAAAAAGAUAGAAAAGAAAUAGUGUUAGUGAAAUUCAUCUUCCUUAAAGGUAAAUCUUAUUGUUGAAGCUUAUAUUUCCAAUUAAAUUUCUGUUUCUGUUAUUCCAGAUAAACCCCUGGCAGACUCUGAUCUGUAUUGAUGUGCCCAUGCUUUGAUCUGCUGCUGCUAGCGCCAGAUUUAGAACCACUGAAGAGAUAAUACAAGUCUUAUUAGACUUUAAGGGACGAUACAUCUUUUUGAACACCUACGAAGCGAAGACAUCGUUAAAAUUUAUUUGUUCAGUUUCCAUAUAUCUUUAUUAUUUCUAUUUAUUUCAUGUAAAUAUAAUCAUACAUUAAUUAACGUAACUAAUCUAUUUUGAAUUGAAAUUGGUAACAUUGUUACAGGUACCUCUUUUAAAAUGGUGAAUGCCUGGGUUAUUCUCUGCUGUGUCAUUAUAAAUAGGAUUUACUACGUGCAAUAAUAAUAUUAUUGUGAGAUGUAUUUGUUUGAAAAUUAUAUGUAUAAAGUACCGGUAAUUUGUAUUUGCUGUACACAUUUUUAUAAGAUAACAACUAUUAUGACCCACGUCAGUAAUCCUCAAUGCCCACCCCACUAUAUAAACAUUAAAUGUACUGUCUAUUUCUUCUUUAAUUGAAUAUUUCAUGUAAUCCACGAAAUAGAUUACAAAUUAAGCACUAUAUAUAUAUUGAUUUUGUUGUUAUUGUUUAAGUUUAAGUUAUUUCUAAUCAAUGAGAAGUUGGCCAAUUCUUUUAUAUUUGGAGGGGAAAAACUACUAUGUGUUUGCCUGUGUAGGGGAAUUCCUACCCUAAGAAGUCAGUCAGCAUAAUUUUUUUUUUUAUGUCCUCAUUUUUAUAUAGGAGAUUUUCAAGAUUCCAUCAGUAUUUUGCAUUUUACUAAAAAAUCUUUUGUGGUUUUUUUUUGUUACAGAAACUUUGUUAUUAUGGCAGUUUUGUAUGUAUAUUUAUCAUUUAUGAUCUAUUUGUAUGCUUUUUUUCAUGUUCUGUUUAACUUGAUAUCUAUUGACACAUAUAAAUAGGGAACUCAACACUCAUAUUGUACGGGGAUAUGUGUAAUUAACUAAAAAAUGUAUGUUAUUGGUGCCACAGACAAUGCCUAGUAAAUAUUUUUUGCUGAGAGAAAUGUUUUUUGAGCCUGGGUAGAGAACAAUUUUCUCCCAUGUGAAAUAAAAGAUCGGAAUGGUUAUCCACAAUCAGCUGGGAAUAACUUUUAGCUAGUGGAAGUAAACCGUUUAUUGGCUGGGCAUAACGUUGAGCAUUAUUGCCAGUGGACUGUGCAUAAUAAUAGUGCCAUCACAGUAAAGUCUGUUGAAAUUAAAACAAAUUAUAGUUUCCAUACAGCUGAUAAUUUCGCUACAUUCAUUUUUUUAUCGCAAGAUGUAGUCAUAAACUUUUUAUGGGCUGGCUGGACGGCGGGGAACAACGUUGAGCGUUAUUCCCAUCCAAAUGUGUAUAAUGCUUGCCAGUUGUGUAAUUACUUUAAAGAGGAUCAAGCAAAUGAAAAUAUAUGCUCAAAGAAUUUCCCUACAUUGUUUUUUCCUCCUGUAAUAUUUCUUUAAUGUUCAGGUGUUUAGUUUAUGUGCACCAAUACUUAGAUGAAUAUAUAAAACAUCUAUAUAAAGAUAAAUCACCACAUUUCCAUGCAUAUAUCAGAUAACUUCUUAUAUCACUUUGAUGGCAUU